AAACUCUAUGAUAAGGUAUGUUUUCAGGGAAAACAUUUCAACGGAAAAUUGCACAAAGUAGGGGAUGAUGCCCAUGAUUGGAAAGGGUUAUAAGGGAAAACAUUUUCCACGGAAAAUUGCACGGCGGAACCUGCGCCGUCACAGUUUUGCGGUGCUCGGAGCAGCCAAUCCCGGCGGAUAAUAUUAUCUCUAUUUCGCCGGAAAAUAUCUGCCAACGAAAAAUCUUUUCUCCCGCCAUGCGAACACUCUCUAUCCUCUCCCCGCUCUCCUUCUCAUUCUCCGUCUCCUCUCCCUUCAGACUCCCUCCCUCCUCCUCUCCCUACCUACGUUUUGGCCUCCGCAAGUUGCUUCGCCGGCCGCCGAUUGCUCCCCCUCCUUCUCCGUUCAUAGUCGCCUACAGGUCCCCGGCCUCUCGCCUCCCCGAGGACUCCCAGCUCCCCGACGCCGACGAGGACGAAUACGAGGACGAGGAUGAGGACUUGGCCGCGGAUGAGUACGACGACGAAGACAUCUCCGGCGACCUCUCGGACGACGGAGCUGAGCCAAGCGAUGAUGAAGCCGAGAUGUCGGUGGAAUCGGAGGUCAGGGCCGGUGGGCGCGCUGUGUUGGAGAAGUCGAAGGUCCAGAGAGUCGAGAAGCUCUGCAGCGAAGUCAGAGAGUUCGGAGCUGAGCUCAUCGAUGUGGAUGAGCUUGCUUCGAUCUACGACUUUCGCAUUGACAAAUUUCAGCGAUUGGCAAUCGAAGCAUUUCUCAGAGGCUCCUCCGUUGUGGUUUCUGCGCCCACGAGCAGCGGAAAGACUCUGAUUGCAGAAGCCGCAGCAGUCGCCACCGUAGCCAGAGGAAGACGGUUGUUCUAUACAACUCCACUUAAGGCACUAUCUAAUCAGAAAUUUCGCGAACUUCGGGAAACUUUUGGAGAUAAGUACGUUGGCCUUCUAACUGGGGAUAGUGCCGUCAACAAGGAUGCUCAAGUUGUUGUAAUGACAACCGAAAUAUUGCGGAAUAUGCUUUACCAGAGUGUUGGAAUGGCUUCUACGGGAAGCGGACUUUUUCAUGUUGAUGCAAUUGUGUUGGAUGAAGUUCACUAUCUAAGUGAUAUUUCUCGUGGAACAGUGUGGGAAGAAAUUGUUAUUUAUUGCCCAAAAGAAGUCCAACUUAUAUGUUUAUCGGCAACAGUUGCAAAUCCAGACGAGCUAGCUGGUUGGAUUGGCCAGAUUCAUAAUAAAACGGAGCUGGUUACCUCAUCAAAGCGUCCAGUGCCAUUGACUUGGCAUUUUUCAACAAAGAGUUCAUUAUUACCCCUUCUUGAUGAAAAAGGAAAACGCAUGAAUAGGAAGCUGUCUCUCAAUUAUCAACAACUUUAUGCUUCGGACUAUAAAUUGCACAAGGAAGACAAGACCAAAAGAAGAAAUUCUAGAAAACGUGGCAGUGCAACGAGCAUUUCUGACAUUGAUGGCAUGUCUGAACAGCCUCUCUCAAAGAACGAUAUAAAUACAAUUCGCCGUUCACAAGUUCCUCUGAUUGUUGACACAUUAAAGCAAAUUGAGGGAAAGGAUAUGCUUCCAGCCAUUUGGUUCAUCUUUAGCCGAAGAGGCUGUGAUGCAGCUGUCCAGUAUCUUGAAGGAUGCAACCUCCUCGAUAGUUGUGAGAUGAGUGAAGUUGAACUUGCCCUUAAGCGGUUCUGCAUUCUAUAUCCUGAUGCUGUCAGGGAAUCUGCCCUCAAAGGACUCAUGAAAGGUGUCGCUGCUCAUCAUGCUGGCUGUCUUCCUCUUUGGAAGUCAUUCAUUGAAGAGCUAUUCCAAAGAGGGCUCGUAAAAGUUGUCUUUGCCACUGAAACACUUGCCGCAGGAAUAAAUAUGCCUGCUAGAACAGCUGUAAUCUCAUCCCUAAGCAAGAGGAGCAGCACCGGACGUAUUCAACUAACUUCGAAUGAACUGCUUCAGAUGGCUGGACGAGCUGGUCGUAGAGGCAUUGAUGAUAGGGGUCAUGUAGUUCUUGUCCCAACCUCUUAUGAAGGUGCCGAAGAGUGCUGUAAGCUCCUUUUUGCGGGAGUAGAACCUCUUGUCUCGCAGUUCACAGCCUCGUACGGGAUGGUGCUCAAUUUAUUGGCAGGUGCAAAACUCACCAGCCCACCUGACGAAUCAGAUAAUGAUGUUAAGGCUCAUAGAGCUGGGCGAACCCUGGAGGAAGCUAGGAAGUUAGUGGAGCAGAGCUUUGGGAACUAUGUUAGUAGCAACGUUAUGCUUGCUGCAAAGGAUGAGCUCUCAAAGAUACAGCAAGAGAUUGAGGUACUGACUUCUGAAGUUACUGACGAAGCUAUCGACAAGAAGGCUAGGAAGCUCAUGUCUGCUGCAGCUUACAAGGAGAUUGCAGAGCUUCAGGAAGACCUAAGGGCUGAGAAACGCCGAAGGAGUGAAUUGCGAACAGUGAUGGAGCUGAAGAGAAUGUUUGCCCUGAAACCUCUGUUGAAGGAGUUAGAGAAUGGUCAGUUGCCCUUUCUUUGUUUGCAGUAUAAGGAUACUGAAGGAGUUGUCCACUCGAUCCCUGCUGUUUAUUUGGGAAAAGUCGAUUCACUUGACAGUACUAAACUUAAGAGCAUGGUUUUGGGCGACGAGGCUUUUGAGUUAAAUAGAGUUUCUGAGUCGAGUGAUGGCGUGGAGCUUUCUUAUUAUGUGGCCCUCGGUUCAGAUAACUCAUGGUAUUUAUUUACCGAGAAGUGGAUUAGAACUGUCUACAGGACCGGCCUUCCUAAUGUGGCUUUGGCUCAAGGGGACGCUUUGCCUCGGGAAAUCAUGAUGACCUUACUCGAGAAGAACAGUGUCCAAUGGGAGAAGCUCUCCGAUAGCGACUUUGGUGGUUUAUGGUGUCAAGAAGGAUCUCUAGAGACAUGGUCUUGGAGCCUGAACGUGCCUGUCCUCAACAGCCUCUCAGAGAAGGAUGAAGCUCUCCACAUGUCGCUGGAGUUCAAUGAAGCAGUGGAACAUUACAAGGAACAGAGGAACAGAGUCUCCCGCCUGAAGAAGAAGAUCUCCCGCACAGAGGGCUUCAGAGAGUAUCAGAAAGUCGUGGAUGCUACCAAGUUCACUGAGGAGAAGAUUAAACGGUUGAGGGCUCGGUCUAAGCGAUUGGUCAAUCGUAUCGAACAAAUUGAACCGUCAGGCUGGAAAGAGUUCUUACAGAUAAGCAACGUCAUACAUGAGACGAGAGCACUGGAUGUGAACACAAAUGUGAUAUUCCCGCUUGGGGAGACUGCAGCUGCAAUAAGAGGGGAGAACGAGCUGUGGCUCGCGAUGGUCCUCCGGAACAAAGUCUUGCUGGACUUGAAGCCUGCCCAGCUUGUUGGGGUAAUCGCAAGCCUGGUCUCCGAGGGAAUCAAAGUCCGGGCAUGGAAGAACAACUUAUAUAUUUAUGAGCCCUCCACGACAGUAGUAAACAUGGUCGAUUUCUUGGAGGAACAGAGGAGUUCCUUCAUGGAGCUCCAGGAGAAGCACGGGGUGACGAUCCCGUGCUGCCUGGACAGCCAGUUCUCGGGGAUGGUCGAAGCUUGGGCCUCAGGGCUGACAUGGAGAGAGAUGAUGAUGGACUGCGCGAUGGACGAGGGGGAUCUCGCCCGGCUCUUGAGGCGGACAAUCGAUUUGCUCGUUCAAAUCCCGAAACUGCCCGACAUCGACCCACAGCUGCAGAAAAAGGCGUCAGCUGCGUCCGAUGUGAUGGAUCGGCCCCCAAUAAGUGAAUUGGCCGGUUAAAAUUUAAAAAGCAAAGCGAUCCGCUGUUCAAAGGAAAAUUCUUCUUGAGAGUGGUGAAGAGAUCCAUCUUGUGCCCAGUCGAUGAAGACAAUUGAUUGUUAUAUACAGUCCGCAUCGAUGGUGGUAGGAUCACACCGCAAUAUCCGAUUCAUCCCGGGUGAAGAAUCAUCUUCUCAUGCCCGGAAUAGGUAAAUGAUUCUCACUAACUCGAUUUGCUCUCACGUGUUACCUUAUCAUGUAAAAUCUCAUUUGAGAUGACUAUGGAUGCGCAUAGAUUUUACCGGAUGGGUCCAUUAAAGUAUUUCUUUUCA